CCUAGUCAGAAUGGGGAGACUGUGAGCUGUUCCGAAUCUCUUCCCAUUUCUCGCACCUCCAGUGUUAAAAGUACCAAAGAGGAAGAACUAGUAGACAAAGUGCUGUCCUCUUCUCCAAGAGAAACUUACCUGUAGACAACCCAGCCAAAAUAGCAGUAGAAAUGUUGAAUGUGCCACAGAUUGAAAUGCUUGAGAUUAGCAGCUGAAAGACGAUCAUGCUGGUUUUAUGUAGGUUGAUCCUUUUGUCUAGAGAUGUCCACUGGAUCCUGGGAUGAAUCAUCAAAUUUGGUCCCAGAUCUACCCUCGCCGAUCACAACUGAUAAAGAUGACGUCUUUGACAAAGCAGAAACAGCUUCAGCCAAACCCAAUGUAGAAAGCCCAAAGAGUAAAGGAUCACACUUCAAAAGCAGCAGUCCAUUCAAAAAAGCCAAAGCUUCAAAAGGUCUGGGUUUUCUCAUUCGAGCAUCUCAAGGGGCACAUAGAAAGAAUAAAUCUCCAUCUAAAUCACCUUCUAAGUCCCCAUCAAAGUCACCUUCUAGAGAAAAUUUAACCAAAGAAUUAGCAGAGGAUGAAAAGGUUGAUGAAACAGUUAAAUCAAAAUCAGAACACUGGCAGGCUUUCCUGCAGAUGCAAGAUAGAAUCAAAACUAAUGUAUUGAAAACACAAACAAGUUUAGGGAAGUUAGCUUCAGGUCGUAUUUCACCAUCUGGUCGCAUUUCUCCAUCUAAAGCUGAAAAACGUGAUUCAAAAGAUUCUUCAUCGGUUUCAUGGACUCAGUUUGAUAAUUCAGAAGCAUUGUCAUCUGAAGAGCCUGAACAACAUGAUGUUGAAGAAUUGAUGUCAACAGAGUUAAAUGGGAAUGAAAACGAAAAUGAUCUCUCUGCUCUCAUAGCCCAUCCAGGGAAAGACCUACCUCAUCUAAAAAUCACUCCUGUACACUCUCCUAGUCGCUCACCCCAGCCGCCCUACAGCAGUAGACGGUCAAGCAUGGAGCAAGAAAACCUUACAGAUAUUCUGGAGUUUGAGAAACCAGUAAUAUCUGUUCCUCAUCCGCCUACUCCAGCGGAGGAAGAUCUGCUGGGCUUAUCAUUUACAGAUGACACCAAUGCAAAUAUACAGCCUCAGAGUCAAGUCUACGUCAAUGAAGACCUCUUGGGACUUGGAGACUUUCUUAGUCAUCCCACUUCACCCUCUAAGGUCCAAGUAACCACUCAAGAUACUGGAAUGUCUGACUGGUUCUUGGGCUGCUCAACAAACCAAAGCAGUGCCCAGUCUUCACUAUGUUCUAGUCCCCUGUCCUUUGAUCAGGACUUCCUCAAUGAGCAGGAUCAGAUGGUUCCAGAGAGCACCGCAGUGUCAGAUCUAGCUCGCAGCCUGGUGGAUGACUUCCUACAAUGGGGAGUAGAGCAAGUAAGCAAAGAGCAAGAACAGACUGCUGGAUCUGCAAACCCCUUCAAGUCAGAAGGAAUACUUCCACCAAAGGAUCCUGCUGCCCCAAAGAAGAAGGCUGUCAGUUUUGAUCCCUUUGGAACUGUUCAUACAGAAGAAAUUGAUGGUAUAUGGGGUUCUGUUGGAAAUCGUCACAAAUCAAGUGAUAAAAAUCCAAUUGAUACUCUUGAUCCAUUUGCACCACAAAAAGAACCUACUACCAGUGAUUUGCCAGAAACCAAAAGUACAAAGCCAACAAUUUCAUUCAGUGAUGAUGCUUUUGGAGAACCAAGUUCAAUGAGUGACCAAAGUGGGUUUGGUGAUUCCAGUGGGUUUGGUGUUGAACAGACAACAACAGCCUUUGGUGAUCAAUCUGCAGCUUUUGGUGACCAGAGAGCAGCUUUUGGAGACCAAUCGACAGCUUUUGGUGAACAGUCUACCACACUUGCUGACCAAUCUGCAGCUUUUGGUGUUCAAUCUACAGCUUUUGGUGACCUCUCUGCAGCAUUUGGGGAAACAAAUCCUGCAUUUUCAGAUCAAAGUCAACCACAGACCACCGCUUCAUCUAAGAACCCAUUCAUGAUGGAUACAUCAAGUGAUCAAGCUUUUGAUUCAGUACAGUCAAAACCUCAGGUGUCAUUCCAGCAAGAUAUGGAUUUUGAUGAUGAUUUCUUUGUAAAGCGUACGACAUCUGCCCCAACUGUUGACAUCUGGGGCGAUGGAGGAUCUGUUACUCAAACUGCUAAUCCAUUUCAGGAUGAUCUCUUUACAACUGCAAGUAUUCCAACCCAAGCAGCCAGUGAAAAGCUUGAUCAACUUGAUGCCAAACCCAAAAAUCCUUUCCUGACAGCUAGUUUUGAAAACAUUGCUGCAGAGGCAAAGAAAGCUAAUCCAUUUUUUUCAGAUGAUGCAUUUGGUGUGACAAAUACAAACACAGAUUCUGGAACAGGUGCAGCUGACUUCCUGUUUGGGGCAGGUUCAGCACCAGCAGCUCCAGCACCAGCACAAAACACUGACUCAACUGACAUAUUUGACCCUUUCAAGACAAUAAUUGAUGGUGAACACCCAGAUGAUGUACCUGGGGGUGGCCUCGGCCCUGUGUCCAACAACCCACAACUCAAUAACUCAACAUAUGACAAUCUUGACAAGUUUGACAAUGACAAUGAUAAUGAGAAGGACACCUUCAUGCUUGAAAUCAAAUCUCUUGAUUCUGUCCAAACUGUUUCUACUGGCCCUCCUCCUGCUUUGCCUCCACCACCUAAACCACCAAAAUCCCCACAAAUGCCCAUGAGAGAAAACCCUUUUGACAGAGACUCUCCUCCUGAGGAAAACUUUGCCAAGUUUCAGGUGAUGGAAGAGGAGACUCCCAAAGCAAAGGAACAGCGAGAUGUUCUCCAGAGCAUGUCAACUGAAAGCAGCACUCCCGAGGAAGAAGACAAAUUUGGGCCGAUAGAAGAAUUCAAUCCCAAGUUUGAAAGGGAUGGCUGGAAGUUAAUGCUGAGGCAACCAACAAAGAAAAAGCUAGCUGGAAACAGAUUUUGGAAAACUGUGUUUGUUAGGCUCUGUAAACCUAAAGAUGGUGGGCUUCUGUUAAAAAUCUAUAAUGAUGAAAGUGACAAUGAACCUGUGCAGGAGCUGCCUCUUCAGCCAUGUUACUCCAUAUCUGAAACAGCACUGCAACAGUUUGAUCAGUUUGGCAAAAUCCAUACUGUCAAAAUUCAAUAUGUAUUUUACAGGGAAAGAGUUGGAAUAAGACCAGAGAGGAUUACACCUUCAUUUGUGCGUAAGCCGAAGCCAACCAUGAUACUAGAUCAUGCACCUCAAGUGUCUGAACUUUUGAAAUUUGGCAGUUUAAGUAAGGAUGACUUGAGGACAUUUGUGUGGGAAAUUGAAGAUGCUUUCAUGAAACUAGAAGCUCAUAGAGAAAAGACCUUGUCCUAUAACAAGGAUGAGGUUCAGGCUGAGGUCUGGGAUGAAUACAGAGCUGUCAUCAACAAAGAAGGUCAUGUUGAGGCUCAGAAGGCAAGAGUUAGAGUUUUCUUUCUGGCAUUUGCUACUGGCAUGCCAUCUUGUGAGCUGGGAAUGAACGACCGGAGGCGAAAGGGUAGAGAAGUAGUGGGAAGGUAUGACAUUAUUCCUGUUAAAACUGAGGAUUGGAUUAGAAUAGAGGACCCAGAGUUUCACUGUUCUGUUGACUUGGAUGAAUUUGACAGAACAAACACUCUGAAAUUUCAUCCCUUAGAUGCAUGUCAGUUUGAACUUUUACGGUUCCGAAUACGCCCUAAAGAAAACCGUGAACUUCCAAUGCAAAUGAGAAUCCAACAGAUUUUGAAAGGUCACCAUUUUGAAAUUAGGUGUGACAUGUUAGUGACUGGAUACCAUGCAAACAGCAAAAAACAUGGACAGUUCCCAUGUGAGGAUAUUGAAAUCCGAUUCCCAAUACCAGAGCCAUGGAUUUACCUGUUUCGUUAUGAGAAGAGGUUUGGAUAUGGCUCUUUCAAAGCAACAGCUCGCAAACCUGGCAAGAUCAAGGGAUUAGAACGCCUCACUAUGAUGGCUCAAGGGGCUCUCACUCCAACCAUCAUGGAAGCAUCAGUCGGCAGUGCUAAAUAUGAGCAUGUGUACAAAUCAGUUGUUUGGAGGAUUAGCAGGCUGCCAGAAAGAAAUCAUGGUGCCUACAAGAGCCACUUGUUUGUGUUGCGACUGGACCUCGGACCUCAUGAUGAGAUUCCUGAUCACUACGAGCAGUAUGCUAAUGUGGAUUUCACAAUGCCAGCAUGUACUGUGUCUAAGGCCCAAGUUCGAUCCAUCUCUGUGGCAAAUCCCAACCCACCAGAGAAGUGGGUCCGCUACAUAGCCAAAUACGAAUACAAGGUUGAGAUUGAACACCUUAAUGAAACCGAGUCGGAGAAGGAGAGUGAUUAGAUGUGUCAGUUGGAGAUCAACCAUGGAGCCCUUGGGACAGUGAAAUGGGAUGAAAUUGCACAUAUCUCAGCCAUUUGUAACAUUCCUUUCCUAGUGAUACGCAAGACAUACCCACCGAACUGGCUAUGCCAUGUUUCCACGUGUCAUAUUGCCAACCAAUGUAUAAUGUCAGUUAUACACUACCUGGAAUAUCACUAAUCCUGAUAAUUAGCAUCUGUCCUUGAGUUGUGAAUCAUAGGAUUUCAGAAUAAAUAUUGUGGUAUUUGUGUCCAAGAAGAAGAUUUAGAUGAAACAUACCAUCAUCAGAGUCCUAGAGUUUGUUUUCUACGCAGUGAUUAACAAGGCAGUGUUUGUGCUUGAUGUCAGCGGAGAAUUAGGAAGGUUUUCUCUCUACUUCACCUCCUGUUGCUUAAUGGAUUGUAUGAUAAGUGUGGAUUAAGUAAUUCUUUCUUUCUGUGAUAGUUAUUUACAACUGAAAUUGCCUUUAGACUCACUGUAACACAAACUUGUCUGUAGAGAUAGAUAUCAAAUUGUGAGCAUAAAUGUUUUACAUGUAAGUUUAGAAUAUCUAUUCUGCACUUAAACAUGAAUUUGAAACAUUCAUUGAUGUACAAAUAUGUUUAUGACAUUAGAAAAUUAGGUCCUUCCCUGUGAGUGUUACAGUUCCUAAAUAUUGAUUUUACAGUGGGCUGCUUGGUGCAUGGUCUGAAGAGUCAUCUCCCUUGAACUGUGCAGCCAUAUGCAUAACUACACUAAGUAUUUGCAGUGCUGGAGAGCAGAUGGUAUUUGUUGAUUUUGUCAUCGAUAAUGUUUCUUUUUCUUGUCAUAAACAACAUGACUUGACGUUAAAUGUACAAUACAUAUUACUGUUAAUGUUUGAAUCAGAUAAGACAAUGCCAUUAGACAAGUGAGUAAUUUGAGGCCUUCUGUAGAAUAUGGUUUAUAUAUACAGUAGACAAACUAGCAUCAGAUUCAUGGAAGUAGACAUUGCAAGUAGAUACACCUAUCCUGUACUAUAUUGUAAAAGGUAGAUAACUCAUUGAACAUAUGCAUGUGUGCAUUAAACACUGCAUAAGACUUGUUGCAAUUUGAUUAAUUAUGUGAUAUGUAGAAAAGUGGAUUUGGACAAAAUUUGUAACAUGUGUGUAUAUAUGUAGAUACGUAUACAAGGUACUGUAGUUGGUCAAUAGAUCUUUGUUACAGUUUAAGGAUUUGUAUCAUUGCACUGGAUGACAAACAAACUUUGUGAUGUCAGUGUGUCAAGAAAAGUUCUGAAAAUAAUGGCUGUAAAAACAGUGAAGUUGGAAUCCUGACUAGAAUCUACAGUGUUUCUGUAACAAAUAUGACUCUGUGUAAGUUUGAAUAUAUUUUACUCCUUCCCAAAAUGCAUAAUUCAUAAUCAUCUUCCUUAAGUGGCAUUUCUUCCUUAAGUAGCAUUUGCUUGAUAACGGUGUCAGGAUCUACACCGAAACGUCGCAACUACUACUGCAACUAAGAAGUUGUCUAUCCAUAAAAGCGUUCCACUUCAUCAUAUUCAUCUGACAAAGAAAAUGAUAAUUUGUUUUUGUAAUGAUAAUAUAACUAAGAUGUAAAUAAUAACAGAAUAACUGUCAGUUAUACAAUAUGGAUUGUUCAAGACGUAUUCAGUACAUAAUGAAAAGAUGAAAUUGACAUUGCAGACUUUUGUAAAGACUUCAGUAUAGCUAUGUAAGGCUUUGAAAAAUUGUAAUGGAGACUUGAGGAGGAUUAUUUGAAAUUUGAUACAAUAGUCUAAAAAAUGAUGCCUGAUGCAAUUCCUUAGUUUGACUUUAUAUGCCGAUGUGUGUUCAUAUGGACACUUGACUUAGCUGUGUUUUUGCCACCUGUUGGGUAGAAUAUCCUCAGCUUCUCACAAACACUUAGCAUCAUCACUAUUGAUAUAUGUUAAUGAUAUGAAUACAAUUGCGCAAUCAACUGAUAAUUCUUAGGAUGAUGGAAAAGGUUUUAUUGCUUUUAUCAUAAUAACUCAGGAAUUACAAUUUUCAGAACUUUUCUUAAUAUUUGAUACCUAAGAAUAGAUGACUUUACCCCAAAGUCAGCAGAAUAGAAUAUACAAUUGUGAAGUUAACAUAACUUGUACAAAUGUAUCGUGUACAAUGCACAGUCCAGAGUUUGUACUUACAGCACAGUUCCACACUUUUUAUUAUAGUUUCUGUCUGUGAAUAGGAAGACCCUGGCGAGACAAGAAUAUACAAUGAUUUUAAAUUGAUGCAGAAGACACUAGAAAGAUGUAGUUUGUUGUUUUUAUGUUGUUUGGCUUAUUUCGUUAUCUGCCAUUGCUGAUCAGCUGUAAUCAUGAUGUAGUUCGGUAUGUUUUUUCAGUUAAUUUUGUUGUCAUUUUAAAAGUAUUUUUAAUGUAUACCGGUUUGUUUGCUGAGAUUUUUCUUACACUGGUGCAGUGAUCUGAUAUUUUAGGCAAAAUGACAUUCCAUUAACAAAAUACAUCUAACAACUGAGGCAAUAGUGUGUGUGCUAAACUUCAUCAUCUUUCUGACUGGAUAUAUUUACUUGUUAGCUUUGAGGCUGGAGCUUUUACCAUUUACGCAGAUUUCCAGUUGAUUAUUGUCCUCAAGGUUUUUGGUAUUUUUGGUUUUCCCUAAUGUGAAAUUGUUGCAGAGUUUCUGAAACUGACCACUGCACUCUACCAUCUGACUCAACUAGAAUCAAGAAAAAGACAGCAUUAUUUGUAUGUUACAUUUAUUGUUUCUUUCUGUGUUGAAAGUAGCCGAAUACCCGGGUUCGAUUCCCCACAUGGGUACAAUAUGUGAAGCCUAUUUCUGGUGUCCCCUGCCGUGAUAUUGCUGGAAUAUUGUUAAAAGUGGUAUAAAAUUAUAGUUAUUCACUCACUGUUUAAACUAUGAUAUAAAAGCAUCAGAAACUAUAGUAGCCAUAGCCAUUAAAAGUAGGUACAUCAAACAGACCUGUAAUCUACAAUAUAUGUAAACGAGGACAAAGCUGG